GGAGAGAAGACGAAGAGAGUAAGGAGAAGGUGGAGAGAAACGGAGAGAGAAAGACCAAGAAGAGAGUGCAUCAGCGAACUUCACCACCACCACCACCACCGCCAUCAACAACAACAACAACAACAAAAUGAUUCUUCACGCUCUUGGUCUCAUAUUCAUCUUGUUUCUGUCUGGCACCCAAGCGCACUGCCCCAAUUCGCCCUGCCAGGAAUACAAUCACCCACACUACGUUUGCGGCUCCAACGGCAAGACCUACUACAACCAAUGUUACCUCGAUAAAGCCAGUUGUCUCGCCUCCGAACUCGGCCACAGUCUUACGAAGGCCUACGAUGGGCAGUGCCGAGGAGGAGGAGGAGGAGGAGGAGGAGGAGGAGGGCAUUACCAAUGCCGGCAGUGCUACAACGAUCGCUACCAGCCUGUCUGUGGCACCGACGGCCGCACGUACUCGAGUCCUUGCAAGCUCCAACAGGCGGCGUGUCAGACGGGACGGCACAUCGAGUUACGGAACUACGGCGUUUGCAAUGACUACCACGGACAUCACGGCAGCGGCGGCGGCGGCAGUGGAAUCGGCGGCGUCGUCGGAGGCAUCAUCGGGAGCGCCAUCGGGGGAGCCACAGGGGGACAACACGGACACGGGGGAAGUUCCUGCAACGCCUACUGUGCCCCCGGGAAUCGCGUGUGUGGGUCUGACGGACGGGUUUACGGGAGCAGGUGUGAGCUUCGUAAGGCGGCGUGCAGGAACCAAGGUCUGAGGGAGGUCGACUUCAACUACUGCCGUGGCGGCGGCGGAUUCCACGGACAUGACGUACACGGACAAGGAGGUACACACGAGGGUGCACAUGGGGGUGUACAUGGGGAAAGUUCACAUGAGGGUAUUCUAGGAGAUUUACAUGAGGUCAUACACGGGGGAGAUGUACACGGCGACGGUGCACAUAGGGAAGGUGUGAAUAAGGAAGGCGUACACGGGGAUGACGUACACGGGGGUGACGUACAUGGGGGUGACGCACAUGGGAGUGGCGCACACGAGGAAGGUGCACACGGCGUUGAAUACGGGAGUGGAAAUGAAAAUAUUCUAGGAGUUUUACAUGACCUCAUACACGGGGAAGGUGCACAGGAAGGUACACAGCAGGAUGGUGCACACGGGGGCGUACACGGGAAUGAUGCACACGAGGGCGGUGCACAUGGCGGUGUUCACGGUGGAGGUUUACCUGGUUUGCCUUGGUUAAGUUUACCUGGAUUAGGUUCAUACGGGGGGACACACGGGAGUGGCUCACACGGGGGAGUUCACACGGGGGAGGUACACACGAGGGUGCACCCGGGGGUAGUUCACACGGGGGAGGUGCACACGGGGGUUCACAUGGGGAAGAUCUACCUGGGUUAA